GCUUCCCUCUCCUUCCUCCCUCGCUCCGGCCCCGUUGCUCUUCCUCCCUCCCUGCCCCCUCCAUCCCGUGCACCUCGUCCCGGCCAGCUGUGCCCGGCGUUUGUCGGUCGCCCUGCCCCGGCCCUCCGGCCAGCCUUCUGCGGUCCCCGCCGCGAUGGAGCUGCCCCAGCCGGACCCCGCGCCUGGCUCGGCUCUCAGUCCGGCCGGCAUGCGCGGUGGCGCCGAGCGUCCGGGCCUCCGGCCGGGAGCUCAUGGCCUCUUGGGGUCCCCGGAGCGCGCGGCUGCUUCCUCGCCGGUCACCACCCUCACCCAGACCAUGCACAACCUCGCCGGGCUUGGCAGCGAGACCCCAAAGACCCAGGUAGGCAGCCUGCUCACACGCCUCUCCCUGUCACGGCGGCUGUCUGAGUCCUCCCUGUCGUCUGAGUCCUCUGAAUCUUCUGAUGCAGGUCUCUGCAUGGAUUCUCCCAGCCCCAUGGACCCCCAGAUGGCGGAGCACACGUUUGAACAGGCCAUCCAGGCAGCCAGCCGGGUCAUCCGAAAUGAGCAGUUUUCCAUCCGACGCUUCCAGUCUUUGCCGGUGAGGCUUCUGGGCCACAGUCCUGUACUACGGAACAUCACCAACUCGCAAGCGCCCGGCAGCUGGAGGAAGAGCCGGGCAUGCGGCCGAAGUGCCCACAGCUCUGGGGAGGACAAAGAGAAUGAUGGAUUUGUCUUCAAGAUGCCAUGGAAGCCCACACAUUCCAGCCACACCCAUGCUCUGGCAGAGUGGGCCAGCCGCAGAGAAGCCUUUGCCCAGAGGCCAAGCUCGGCCCCCGACCUGAUGUGUCUCACCCCUGAGCACAAGAUGGAAGUAGAGGAGCUGAGUCCCCUGGCCCGAUGCUGCUUCUCCCUGACCCCCACCAAGGGGGCUACUGAGGAAGAUGAUGGAUUCGUGGACAUCCUGGAGAGUGACUUAAAGGACGAAGAUGCAGUCCCCCCAGGCAUGGAGAGCCUCAUUAGCGCCCCACUGGUCAAGACCUCGGAAAAGGAAGAGGAGCAGGACCUCAUCAUGCACAGCAAGUGCCAGCGGCUCUUCCGCUCUCCGUCCAUGCCCUGCAGCGUGAUCCGGCCCAUCCUCAAGAGGCUGGAGCGGCCCCAGGACAGGGACCUGCCCAUACAGAACAAGCGGAGGAGGAGUGUAACCCCUCCAGAGGAGCAGCGGGAGGCCGAGGAACCUAAAGCCCGCGUUCUCCGCUCAAAGUCCUUGUGUCACGAUGAGAUCGAGAACAUCCUGGACAGUGACCACCGUGAACUGAUCGGGGAUUACUCCAAGGCCUUCCUCCUACAGACUGUGGAUGGAAAGCACCAAGACCUCAAGUACAUCUCGCCAGAAACGAUGGUGGCCCUGUUGAUGGGCAAGUUCAGCAACAUCGUGGAAAGGUUUCUGAUUGUGGACUGCAGAUACCCGUACGAGUAUGAAGGUGGGCACAUCAAGACUGCUGUGAACCUGCCCCUGGAACGGGAUGCUGAGACCUUCCUGCUGCAGAGCCCCAUCACUCCCUGUAGCCUGGACAAGAGAAUCAUCCUCAUUUUCCACUGUGAAUUCUCAUCUGAGCGCGGGCCCCGCAUGUGCCGUUUCAUCAGGGAACGAGACCGUGCAGCCAACGACUACCCCAGCCUCUACUAUCCUGAGAUGUAUAUCCUCAAAGGCGGCUACAAGGAGUUCUUCCCACAGCACCCGACGUUCUGUGAACCCCAGGACUACCGGCCCAUGAACCACGAGGCCUUCAAGGACGAGCUGAAGACCUUCCGCCUCAAGACGCGCAGCUGGGCCGGGGAGCGGAGCCGGCGGGAGCUCUGCAGCCGCCUGCAGGACCAGUGAGGGACUGGCGACUGUCCCGCCUGCCUCCCUUGCCUCGCGUGGCCUGGGCGCCAGCUGCCCAGUGGCCCGCAGGGCUGAGGGUCUGCUGGAGGCCCCAGGUGCUGUCCAGGGGAACGACGGCGAGGGUGUCCUGUCUGUCUGUCCCUCGGCCCAUCCCCUGUCUCUCUCCAAUCAUACUCCAUAUCCUGGUGCUCCCCCCUCUACCCCCAUCCCUGGAAGAGCCCAGCCUGUUGACUUAGUGAAAUUGGAUUAAGUCUAGCUCAAAGGAAGCAUUUUGUGUCCA